GAAUUCAAAACUUGAAGCAACAUUUUUAAGAUUUUCAAGAGACAAAAGAUAAAUAAAUUAAUUAAACGAAUUAGAUGCUAUUUAAAGGAACUGAAGUAUGUGUGAUAAAGUUAUAAAGAAGAUCUCGUCACUGUGGAAGACGAAGAAUGUUGAAACAUCCUCGUUUGUCUUCAAAUUAGUCACAAAAUACACAGUUUGCAUGCUGUUGCUCUUUGCACUUUUAAUUGGAGGAAUGCAACUGUUUGGAGAAUCCAUAUCAUGUUUUUCAUCAGGCAAAGCUCAGCAUGAUGUCAUGGAUUAUCAGUGCUGGAUCAAAAGCGAUAUUAAUUUGCAAAGAAUUAAAUAUGGAUAUGCCAAAAAGAGUUACAAAUCAGAGGAAGAGAAAUACUUGAAAAUUGGAUUCUAUGGAUGGAUUGUACCGUUAUUGCUGUUUCAAGCUUUUUGUUUUGUUGUUCCACGAAUUCAUUGGCAUUAUAAACAGCAACAAACUAUCCCAAAAGCACUAAAGAAGCUUUCUACAAACGAACUUUCUGACGACUGGAUAAGGCAACGCACACAAUUGAUUGGAUAUGUAAAGAACAUUCAAAAGUCACAGUAUCGGCUUUUUGCAUUCAGAUAUUUAUCAUAUGAAUUCAUCACAAUCGUCUUGAAUAUUUUGGUCAUGUUGUUGAUGAAUCUAGUCAUUGAUGAUUUCUGGAACGUAUAUGAACCAGCGGCUAAAUCAUUAUUAUUCCUUGAUUUGUCACGACUUCAUCAAACAUCGGCACUUCAAUUUCCAAAACAAGCCAACUGUCAUUUCUCCACUUAUGAUUUUAAAUUGACAAGGCAUAGUGACAGUGUCUGCACAUUCCCUUAUAACGGCUUUAAUGCUAAAAUAUUUGCUUUCUUAUACAUUUGGUACAUCUUCAUCCUAACAUGGACAGUUCUUCAUCUUCUUAUCAUGAUUGUACUGUUCAGCUUCCAAUGCUUCCGAUUAAGGCUAAUUCGUCGUAUGCUUGGACGUCCAGCAACAGUUUGUGAAUGUAAACAUCUGAGCGAAAAUGGUGAUGUUGGAUUAUGGUUCUUAUUAAGAAUCUUUCGACGCAACAUGCAUCUUGCACAUUUUCAAGAUCUAUGCACCGGAUUGCUAACAGGUUCUUCUCUAUCCAAUUCUUAAUACUCACUAGUUUUUGGCAUAAACGACAGCAACUGUCAUUCUAAAUUAAAUAUGUUUAAAUGUUAAAGGAAUCAAAUAAAAAUUAAGCCACUACUUCCAUUCAAUGC